GCGAUUUUCAAUGCAAAUCAACCUCUCCCUCCCUCUUCCCCUAUCUUCUCAAUCUCUGCUUCCAGCGCUUCAGUAUUAUCAUAGCGAAUACCACACGGCUUCUCACCCUUCCUCAUUCGCCUCGCAUUGGAGACGUCCGCUCAACAGCAGCAUCCAACACUAUGAAAAAGGACAACGGAAAACCAAAAACUUGGCUCCAAUCCGGUUUUUGAGUUUGCUGUCUUCCCAUUGCGUUUGCGACUGUGCAAUUGCGGCGGCAGACGUGCGCGCGCUCGCUCGUGUCUGAAUGAGAGACGUGCCACUCUACGUCGUAUGCACGUUUCGGCGGCAGAGGGAGAGGACUCGGUUGUGUCCCGCAGCACCAUGCGUUGUAGCGUGUCAUCGUCUCAGAGAAUCGUGUUCCCAUCCAGAGAGAGAGAGAGAAAUGGAUGCUUUGCGCGCCCGUCUCGCAUGGAUGGCAUUUCUGCUCUACCUGAUUUGCAGACUGAUUGUGAAGUGAGAGGUGAAGGGGGAUGGGACCACCAACAACGUUGGGAUGGUGGCAGGAAGUUGGUGUGUUUCACGUCGCUCGCCAAACCCUUCCCCCCUUUCCCUUCGUAUUGGACCCAUCUCCCUGCCUUUUACUUUGUUGCCAAUCAGCGACCAGUGAACAAUUUUUGUUUCAGCACUUGAAACGGCGACAAGUUGGUGGUUUGGGAUGGGAUUCAUCCUUUGCAUUGGUCAUCCAUUGUUGGUCAUCCAUUGUCGGUCAUCACUUUCUUGCCCGUCCUGCCAAUGCGUCCAUACGAUCAACAAUCACGUCAAUGUGCUUUCCAAAAGGGUUUCGCUAUUGAAUCUGAGUGGAUCUGGACAAGGCCAGAUCACCAAUUUUUAUCCUUGGCUUUUCCCCAUUUUCCAACCAAAAGCUCGCCCUGUUACUAUCAAACUAACUCGUUUAACAACACCUCGCGUGACGAGAUGCAUUUCCCCCGAGCCUUCCGAUGUUCCGAUGUAUCCAACAACGAACGGACGGACGUGUGGCCAAACAGCAAUGGGCUCGGCCGUUCAUCAUCAUCUUCCCUUUUCCCCCCUUUCCCGGCCCCUCUCAAGCCCCACUCGCUCAUGCUGCUGUGAUGAGAUCUCACUUCCCACCCACCUGCACCUGCACCUGCAGGCGAGGUGCGUGCGUGUCCUGCUCGAGCAAGGCUCUGCAUACGGCGCCCAAACCUCAAAACGACAUCCCUUUUUCUUUCCCCUUUGUCUCCAUCUCCCGAGUCCAAGCCCCACCUGCUCAUGCUACUGUACUGAGAGCGACGGGUGCCUAGUUCACACCACCCUGCAAGCGAGGAUGCGUGCGCGCUCCUGCGGAACAAGUCCAGUGUACAUACGGCGCCCAAACCAAAAACCCGCAAGUUCCUUCUUACGGCGGGCGUGACGGGACGUCGCUGUCUUGCGCCUCUGUCCUGCGCAAUGCCCCUGAUGCUUGCCGCUCAUUCCUCGCUCUCUCAUCAGCCAACGCGGAAGCGGAAGCCUCAAGACGGACACAAGCAGCGCGCGUCACUCAAGCUUCUUUUCCAUUGAAAAAGGGUCAGUCGUUUUUUUUUUUUUUUUUUCCCGUUUGUUUGCUUGUUUUUCUCUCUUUCCAAGCUUCCCGUCUUGAUCUCGACCUGGGUAACCCUGCUGCCUUUCCAUCGAGACCAAAAACCUUUUUCUCCAACAUCCAAAGACCUCCAAGACAAAAACCCACCAAAAACAACCAUCCCCGAUGCUCGAGCACAGCUUGGCCGACUUUGGAGUGUACGGCAGUGAUGCUAGUGACUCGAUGGCCGCUGCGCGCGAAGCCGUCGCUGAAGCUGCCGCUACCGCCGCCAUGUCGUCGAGCAGCUUGUUCAUUGAAGCAGCAGUCGGAGGAUCGUCGUCCCAUCACCACGAAGAUCACAGCCUGGUGCUCCCAAUCUCGCUCGCAAACGCUGCAGCCACCCUGCCUGCCCAUCUGAUUCACGGCUUUGGCGCGCACACUGCGAGCGCCAUGCACGGUGUUGACACACCGGCUGCAACCCCGUCUGCGCACAAUGGCGCCUUGAUGGCUCCGAUCGUCGAGUGCAUGACUGCCUCGUCGUCGACCAACUCGCUGACGCAGCUUCUUGCGCAGCACACAGAGACAAUUUCCAGCGCCGUCUCGUUGCCACCGAUGCACGCGCCAGAAGCAGGUCUCCACACUUCUGCGGCAGCGAUGGCGCCGGCGGACCUUGCAAAGUCAGCGCUGCUGUCGGUGCCUUCGGCCGUUCUGGCCGGACAGACGGAUGCCCAAAAGCCAUCCACCCAGAUGGCGGACGUGCUCAUGACCCUGUCGUCUUCGCUGGUUCCCAGUGCACAACACCACCAGCACCAGCACCAGCAGCAGCAGCAGCAGCAGCAGCAGCAGCAGCAGCAGCAGCAAAUGUUUGCUUCGAGCAUUGAUCUGCACGAUCAAAUUCUGCACCUGCACUUGAACGCCUUGCCAGACGAGAGACAGCAGCUUCAGCAACAGCAGCAACAGCAACAACAGCUACAACAACACGUUUCGCCUCCAGGCGCUGCGCCCAUGCCUCUCCCACUGCUCGUGCACUCGUCAAGCUUGCCAGCGGCGCUCCAACAGCAGCAGCCGCAAUCAGCUGACCUGCAACAAGGUCAGCACCCAGCAGCAGCUCAGCCACAGCCGCAGCAGCAACAACAACAGCAACAACAACAGCAACAGCAGCAACAACAGCAACAGCAACAGCAACAACAGCAACAGCAACAACAACAACAACAACAACAACAACAAGAUGAGCAGGCUGCGCAGACCCACCAACUCCUUCUCGUUCAGCACCAUCAGCAUGAAAUGCUCUUGCAGCAACAGGAGUUGGAGACACAGCAACUUGUGCAUUUGCAGCAGCAGCACAGGCUGCAACAGCAACACAACCAGCAGCUUGCCAAUGUGGUCGGGCGGCCCAUCCCGUCCGAUACUCAUCUGCUGUCGCUUGUUGCUCAGCAGCAACAACACGAGCACCAACAGCAACAGCAGCAGCAGCAACUGAUUCAUUUCCACCAACAAGAGCAGCUGCAACAACAGCAGCAACAACAACAACAGCAACAACAGCAGCAACAGCAACAACAGCAGCAACAGCAACAACAGCUCUCACCGCAAGCCCCAAAUUCACACCCCAUGCAGUCGCUGGCUAUGAACUCGCUCAUGUCCGUUCCAAUGCUCACCAUCCCACCACAGCAGACAAACCUCGGAUUUGUUUCCAUCCCUGGCGUCUCCGCUUCUCCCCUCACCUCAUUCUCGAUGGACACGACAUCCAUGCUCAUGUCGUCGCUUUCUGCUGGUACCUCAACCUCGAGCGUCACGCCGUCCGAUCAUGGCUCUGGGUUUUCCACUGCCUCAUUCACCAGUUUGCCGCCCGCUGGGCUGGUCGCAACCCACCCUCUCAUCACGGCGCUCAGCACUGGCCACCUCCUCCCCACCGAAGCUGGUCUGCAGGCUGCCGGGGUCACCAUGCCAACUUUGCAGACGGCGCACCAUGCCGACGCCCUUGGAUCCUCCACCUCCUCAACCAGCAUGUCCUCGUCGACACGCGGCUCUCUGCGCACUGGCACCAACUCUCGGCGGCGUGGCAACCCUCCGGCCGCACUGUCGCUCGACCAUGCUUCCGCUCGGGCGGCAUCGCCGGCCAAUGCGAGGCCCAGGACACGCAAAGCGGCAUCACGAGACAAGAACGCUCCUACCAGCUCCGCCUCCAAAGUCUCUCCUGGCAGUAGGGCUGUUACCGGUGCUUGGGGUCGGACUGCCACAGGAAAUCUGAUUGUUGGUCCCAACGGCAGCGCCAUGCAAACGCCGACGUCUGGCUCGAUUGAGGACGCUUCGUUCGAGGACGCCUCCGACAGUCUGGAUGAUGCCGAGUAUGACGAUGACGACACUGAAUUUGAUGAUGACGAUUUUGACAAUGACGACGACGACGACGACGAGGACGAUGAUGACGACGAGGACGACGACGACGAUCGCUCCUUUGUUCCCAGUUCGCAGAGCCGCCGCCGCCGCCGAGGUGGCGACGAGUUGUCUCGCAAUAGCUCGCAGCACACUGGUGGUCCCAUUCGUGUCGGUCGCAAGUCGCAUGCCCAGUCGCGGCGCCGCAUGUCGUCGAUUUCGAGCGCUGCGGGCAACUUUACCGAACCGACAUCGGAAUCGCCGCAUUCGCCUCGCGGCCGCAGCGGGUCUCUCGACGCCGAGAGUCUGAGCCUGUUGCGUGCUCACUCGAUCAGUGCUGCGAGUUUGAAGAAUCUCCCUGUUGCCGAAGCCCCGCUGCAAGCUGCCCUGGAUGCUGGCCUGACUGUGGCGGAAGUGCUGACGAUGCCCGUCAAGACCCUGAACCGCAAGCUCCGCGGGGCAGGCAUCUCGCUCGACUACAUUCGCGAUCUCAAGGACUUGCGUCGCAAGAUGAAAAACCGCAAUGCAGCCGCACGCUGCCGACAGCGCAAGCGCAAGGAAACUGGCGUCAUUCGCGAUCGCAUGUCGGGCCUUCACGUCGAAGUGGCCUUCCUUCGCCAGGAGAAUGCCAUUUUGAAGAGCUUCUUGCGCACUGCAGGAAUCUCGCUCCCCGACUCUGUUCAAGCGCAAAUCCAACACGCGAUUACCGAAACGGGGUACACCGGCCCCUCCCGUGUGCGCGUGCGACCACUAAACAUGGCCCAGCAACAAGGCCAGGCGAGCGCACGUUGGCCUUUGCUUCAGCAACAGCAGCAGCAGCAUCAUCAUCAACGACCACCUCAGUCACAGCAGCAGCAUGCUGUGCCGGCCUCCGAAAAGGGCGCAGGGGACGGAGUGACGUCGCCUGCUCGGUUGGUGCUGACCCCGCAGCUCAUGCCGAUUGGCACGCAAGCGAUUUCGACAGCUAUGGGCGACCAGCAGCCCUUGUCGCCCAAGCGAUUUGCGUGACUACUACCUGACUGGUCUAUUUUGUAGGUCGGUCACAUUUUCUAACACACUUUUUGCACAUUUUUUUUUGCUUUGCUUCUUGUUAAUCCUUGAAUUAAAAAAAUCUACAAUCUACAAUCUACAAAUCAACAGUACACGCAAAGAAA